UGACAACGGGACGAUGGCUGCAAGCGAAAAGGCUCAACUCAGAAAUGUGAUUUAGAUGUGAACAUUCUGGUGUGUUUCGGCUUGUUUUGGAGAGUCGUUUUUGAUAGUUCAGCAUGUCUCUGUUCAAAGCCCGUGAUUGGUGGUCGUCGGCUUUGGGCGAGGGGGAGGAGUUUGACCAAGGAUGUCUGUGUGUUGGUGACGUGGACAACAGCGGCACUGGACAUGAUAAGUUGGUGGUGGGGAGCUACAUGGGGAUGUUGCGGAUCUUCUCUCCUCACGCCAACAAACCCAGUGAAGGAGCCCAGGGCCUGGCUGAAUCUCAGCUGCUGGAAGUCAACCUCCACAAUGCCAUCAUUCAAGUGGAGCUGGGCAAGUUUGUCUCGUGUUCUGAUCUCCUUCACCUGGCUGUUCUUCACCCUCGGAAGCUGUCAGUAUAUUCUGUUUCAGGCACAGCGGGAAACGUGGAGCAUGGGGACCAGUACCAGCUGAAGCUAGUUUAUGAACACAACCUGCAACGGACCGCCUGCAACAUGACCUACGGGACCUUUGGAGGGGUCACAGGACACCAUCAUCUGUGUAUCCAGUCCAUGCUGAUGUUCUUUUGACUCACUGGACCAGGACCUCUGGCUCUCCCCACUGACAGCUUCCUCACUGUAUCAUCUGCUCGCCAGCUGGAGAGCUACAAGUAUGAAACUCUGGCAGUGGCCACAGAAGCAGAAAGCAGACAAGACCCCGACCUGCCUGUGAAAAGUGGAGGCAAGAGGUUGACGCCUGACUGGACUUUAGUUCUGGGAGAGCAGGCCCUGGAGCUGUCCGUGCCCUCCUUCUCUCACUCCUCUUCCUCCAUCUUUGUCCUGGGGGAGAGGAACCUGUACUGUCUCCGUGACAAUGGUCAGAUCCGCUUCAUGAAGAAACUGGAAUACAACCCCAGCUGCUUUCUCCCUUAUGCAUCAUUGACGGAUGGCACUACUAACCUGUUGCUGGGUAACCACACCAACAUGCUGCUGGUUUACCAGGAUGUCACUUUGAAGUGGGCAGCUCAGUUACCAUUCGUGCCCAUAGCUGUCCGAGUCGCCAACUUCCAGGAGCUGAGAGGCGUGGUGGUCUCCUUGAGUUCAGAAGGACAGCUGCUGUGCUCGUACAUGGGCACUGACCCGUCCUUUUACUCCACUCCCAAAGUGGACGCCCGUGAUGUGGACUACGAGCAGAUGGACGUCGAGCUCAAAAACCUGCAGAAGUACAUCAGGGAGGCCUCCAGGACUCAAGAUAUCCUGCCAAAAGCCGACACUCAGGAAGACCUCACUGUGACAGCUGUUAUAUCAAAGAACAUGGACAAGCCAUCACAAGCUCAUAUUCAAGACAUUGAUGGGUUGCCUGUACCUUCAGUAACUGUGCAGUUGCAGCUGAAGUGCACUGGGGUGGUCCAGGCUCCCAGGCUGAGUGUGAUCGUACAGCCUCCUCUGGCCGUCACCCAGAACAACUUUGUCCUGGACACCAUGAGUGCUGGCUCUUCGACUGUAGUUACAUUUUCUGCGUUCCUAAAUGGCCACUAUCCGCCUGCUGACCUGAUUGGAGACGUCACUGUGUCCUACAACGCCCCCACAGGGGUUCCCAGAGUUCUCCAAAGUAGCUUUAGUCUUCCACUGGCCUUGGUGUGUGUUUCCUCGACACCCGCCAAAAGCACCAAGUUUAAGGUCACUGUGGACACCAACCAGCCCCCCGUCGACCUCCACGCCAUGUUUCCAGAGUUUUCUGCAAAGUCCGAAGAAAAUGACGGAAACAGUUUAGCUUUCCAGUUCUUGUCGGGACCAAAAGUUAGCCUAGUCGCCUCCAAAUCUUCACAGCGUUACCGCAUUCAGAGUGACAGUUUUGAGGACAUGUGGCUGAUCGCGAACGAGCUGGUCCAAAGGUGCGAUCGGCAUUUCUCCAAACUCGGCGUCAAAGAUUUCCGGAAAAGUUUCAGCGGACCAAUCCCCCUUCAGGACUACUUCUUGGCAAUUGAUCACCACUUCCAGUUACGAGUCAGCUCUAAACAGUACCAGGACCUUCUAUCUGAGAGGGCAGUCCAGUUCAGAGCCAUCCAGAGACGCCUUCUAACCCGCUUCAAGGACAAGACCCCAGCGCCUCUGCAGAACUUGGACACGCUUCUCGAUGCAACCUAUAAUCAGAUGAUUUCGUUGGCUGAGGCUGCAGAGGAGACCCAGGCUGAGCUGGAUCAGGCCUUCGCUCGGCUCAGGAGUGGCUCUCACCUGCUGGUCCUGCUCCUGUCUCUGUGGCAGGGCCUCCCUCCAGACCAGACUGCCCUGCUCGAGGCCACACUACUGCCUCUGCUACAGGACACACCACAACUGGGCUGGGAGGAGAGCUGUGACGCGGCCGUGACCCACCUUUUGAGAACCUGCUUGUCCCGGAGCCCCAAAGAGCAGGCCCUGUCUCUGGCCCAGAGCGGGGGCCCCGUGCUGGAGCUGCCCAAAGACACAGCGCGUCUGAAGAAGCACAUCACUCUGCUGUGCGACCGCCUGGGCAAAGGAGGCCGACUGUCCCUGUGCUCUGAGGCCAACGUGCAGCUGCCAGCUCACAUACAGAACCUGGCAGCCCCUGGUGGUGUUGAACCCAUAGCAGAGGCCUCAGGAGAUACUGAGCAGUUGGACCUCCCACAAGACGCAGCUAAGUUCAUCAAGAAGAAACAGCCAUCCAAGAAAGUCAAGAAAGAUAAAGAACCCAGCGAAAAGAAGGCGGACGCGAACCCGGCCGAGGAGGUCAAAAAGGAGAAGAAAGAGCCGGCUAAAGAGAAGAAGGAACCCAGUAAGGAACCUAAAGAGGAGGCCAAGAAGGAGGCCAAAAAAAAGGAACUGUCGUCGACCAAGGAGAAGAAAGAGAAGGACAGGGAGAAGGAAGCAAAGGAGGCGAGCAAGGAGGCGAGCAAAGAGACGAGCAAAGAGGCAGGAGAUAAGAAGGUGUCCAAAAAGUCCUCCUCAUCCAAAGUCAAGGAGAAGAAAGCAGAAGCAGAGGGUGUAUGAUAGGAAGUGUGCAAUAAGCUGUCUGCAUACACACUCAUACAAAUACACAGAUUCAUUCCACUGUUUAGAUUAGACUGGAAAGAGUUUACAGUAAAAAAAUACCAGUACUUGAAGGUAGCCACUUCAUACUAGAUGACCUGAGUUGGUUAACACUUUCCCCCAUGAAGACGACCUUUGACGACCCCCCCUGUACCCUUAAUGACGACUUUUGACACCUCCGCUGUAUCACUAAAGACGUGAUUUGACGACCUUUAGAAAUGGCUCGGUUUUUCACAUUUAAACAGAGACUGCGAUAGGUGGAGGCCACUACAACCCACACUAGGCUGACCAAUAGGAUUCAAGGAUAUGUUUUCGCCGUUUUUUUCCGAAGUUAAUCGAAAUAGUGACGAUUGUAGCUUCAGGAAAAAACACAACACGAAACACGUGCAAUGGAAAGAUCGCGCUGCGGCGCACAGUUUUAGAAAUAAUGAGGAGCGGACGUAUUUUAUGGAUAAGUUUAGAGAAAGUGACUUUUAUAGAUUUCAAAGUGAUGAUGAGGGUGAUUAUAAAGUGGAAAACAGCGAUAGCGACGGACUUAGAGAGAGUGAAUCUUAUGAAGAUGAGAAUGCCGCUGAUGCGUCUGUAUGGAGUCCUGCGAUAUCUGAACAAACUAUCCAGGCUUUAUACUCGAUUAUGAACCAAAAUUGCUCUGAAAUCACUCGUGGAAGUCUGUUUUCUUUUAUGCAAUUAUGCUCUAUGGGUAAUCCUAGUAACAUAUGUAUGGGUUGUUCCUAGUAGGCGUCCAGGGGGGAAAGAGUUAAAGAUGCUACAGAAGAUGUUAUUAAUUUCCUUAUAACAUUUCACAGAAAGGAACAGUCUGGGAGUUUGGACAUAGGACCUCAUUUCCUAGUUAGCCAGAGUGAUGGAGAUGUGAGGAGACACUUUUUAAAAUAUUCCAUCCAGUCCUUGUAUUUGAAGACGUUACUUGUGCUAGGCUAGUGCAUGUCAAUGGCCAUAGUUAUCCUGCCACUAAAAACAGUUUUACCCACUCCACAAAACACCUGAAGCAAAUCUAUUAUUACACCGGACUGUCAAUGUAAAUGUCUGUGUCGAUAGAAUAAUGUUUGAAAUAACCUAACCUUGCAUAGCAUGAAUCGUCGCAUGUUGAGGGACUAUUUUCUCAUAUAUCAGUCCACUGUUGCUGAGCUUUCUAUCGGAAAUAAUAACUCGCUGCUGCUCAGACAUAAAUCCUUCAAAUGCAAGAUUGGGUUUACUUCUAAAAUUAUUCUAUCGACAUAGUGUCUGUAAACAGACACGUGAAGAACUACUCUCACCCUUUUACUUUUAAAUCGGGCAUAUUCUCCUGUAGCGUGUGACGGCCUUAAGCCAAAGACUAUGUUCAGACUGCAGGGCAUAAUGCUCAAUUCAGAUUUUUUGUGAAAUCAGAUUUUUUUGCGAGGUCAUUCACAUUUCCAAUUAAAUGCGAUUUGUACGUGAUCUCCAGUGUGAACUUUAAACACCCCCAAAAGUUUCCCAUAUGUGCACUGGAGGACACAACAAUGUCACACGCAGCAAAUGUGCUCAGUGUUUAGGGAAGUCGCCUAAACGGUGGGCUCAUCUCUCAAAAUACAGUCCAGUUCUUUGCAAAAUGAACAGGUUACACAUCCACGGCCGCUUCAUUUGUUUGAGUCUUCAGCCUCCUUGUAUUUGGCUCGCAGGCUCUUUAUUUUUCGUUGAUAUUGGAGCAAGGACCGCCUGUAGCUGCGCUCAGACAUUUCAUAGGCAAUCAUUUCAAAAACCGCCUAGUUCCGAUAAGACCACUCCAAUCUGACCUGAAUUCAGUGAUCCCCCCAAAUAUUAAUGAACUCGCUAACCUCCAUUGACUAGAUGCCGAGCCUGACAUGUAGGUGGGAUGAACGCGACCUGACCGUUCAGACUGAAGUCGCAUGUCAAAAGAUCGGAUAUGUAUCGGUUUGAGGAGCACCAUCCAAGUGGCCUGGCUCGCAUUUGAAAAAAAAAUCAGAUCUGUGUCGUUCAGACAGAUACAGGUUGCAUCGGGGUGUAAAAAUCGGAUUUGGGUCACUUCAGGCUGCAGUCUGAACGUAGCCAAAAAUACUUAUUAUCGUGACUAGAAACUGUAUAAAAAAGUGGACUAAGGGAGUGUGACGUCACCCAAAAUGAAGCUCAUAGGGGAUAGGAGUGAAUUUACAAAUAAAAUAGCAAAAUAAAAACACCCAGAUCAUGUAGUGCGGGUUAAUACAAACAUUUCAAGACCAAAAUGACGAGACUCACUGCAGCAGUUACAUCGAGAGCAACGACACAUUUUCCAUGUUAAGUCAAUUGAAGCCAGAGUCGAUGGAGCCAGAAGUACAUCCAUGCUCACUUCCUGUUUGGAACGCGGCAGCUGUGUCCAUUUCUAUAUACAGUCUAUGGUCCGUACACUCUCUGACUCUCAUGUACUGUAGCGCUCCACACUGCAGGCCUCAUAUCAAUAGCAGCAAAACCACUUCCUCCCAGACACAAGCUCCGGUAAUAGUCCCGGCUGGAACCGCACGCUCUGGCCCCUGGAUGCCCCGCCUCCUCCCCCCACACAAGUUUCUGCUGACUGGCCUCUUCCCCCCUCCAUCCUCCAUCCUCUCCCUCCUCUUACCCCAAACCAGGCCCCAAGCUGCCCACACCGUCCUGGACACGGGACGUCAGAAAGGUCCCUCUCUCCUCCUCCUCUCCUCCAAGAAUAACCCGCUUCGGCCAAAUUGUUCCGGGUGAAUUCAGGCCAGACACCCACACCGGCCUCCCCGCGUCCCGGGCUCCGAUCCUGGGUCAGGCUGAAGGACUCUGGGUACAGUCUGGUUGUUGUUGUAGAGCGGGAAGUGCCAGCCGAACCAAAACAGCCAGUUGUUAUUCGGAUAAUUCCCCCCGUCAGGGCAGAAAUAGUGUGUUUUCGGUCAGAUUGGAUUGAGUUUUUGGUUUUGCGUGGGGAGCACCUGCUACAGACUGCAAAGUGAAGCACAAUUUAUUUAAAUUUUUUGCUACAUGAUGCCCGAAAUGAAAAGCAGGAAACCAACUUAUGUUCUGUGUAUAAGGCAAAAACAGGUCUCGGUUUAUUGGGCCAUUGUUAUAAGAAAAGAGGAAAAUAAAGAUAAUAACAACUAGCAUCCUACUGCGCAUUUAUGAUUAACGGACAAUGCAAUGUUUUCUAAUUAGAUGAUAGCACGUACUAUUUUGGUUUAUACAAUAUAUCUGUUUUGGGGCAAAACAAAUUUUGCUGAAAUAAUUGGUUACAGGGCCUUUAAAGGUGCAUUCUGCAACUUUUCUGGUGGUUUGUUUGUCACCUGCUUGUCUCCAUGGAGAUACUUUGUCUAGAAUACUUCACAGUAUGAGAUUAAACCUUUCUAUCUUCAUGAAGAGCAAACCAGACCAAGUUUUCUGGUGUUUUGGAGCAAUAAAACCACCUGUAAUUGACUAAAUGUAAAGUAGAGCUGUUUAAUGCUAUACUGUGGAACAUUUCAAGCACAGCAAUGACGUAUUCAUGGAAACAAGAAGAUGACAGACCCCCAACUGGAUAGUUUCUUAGGCUAUGUUCAGACUGCAGGGCUUAAUGCUCAGUUCGGAUUUUUUUGUGAAAUACGAUUUUUUGGCAAGGUCGUUCACAUUUCCAAUUAAAUGCGACUUGUUUGUGAUUUCCAGUGUGAACUUUAAACGUCCCAAAAAUGUUCCACAUGCGCAUUGGAGGACACAACGACGUCACACGCAGCGAGCAGGCUCAGUGUUUAUGGAAGUCGCCUAAACGCUGGGCUUGUUUCCCAAAAUACGGUCCAGUUCUUCGUAAAAUGGAGAGGUUACACGUCCAUGAUCAUUUCAUUUGUUUGAGUCUUUAGUCUCCUUGUAUUUGGCUCACAGGCUCUUUAUGUUUUGUUGACAUUGAAACCAGGACCACUUGUAGCUGCGUUCAGACUUUUCUUUGGCAAGUCAUUUCAAAAACUGCCCGGUUCUGAUAACCUGGCCUAAAUACAGUGAUCCCCCCAAAUAUUAAUGAACUCACAAACCUCACUUUCCCUCCAUUGACUUGACUCCGAGCCUGACGUGUAGGUGGGAUGAAUGUGACCUGUCCGUUCAGACUGAAGUCGCAUGUCAAAAGAUCGGAUAUGUAUCGGUUUUAGGAGCACAUAUCCAAGUGGCCUGGGCCACAUUUGAAAAAAUCGGAUGUGUGUCGUUCAGUCAUUAAAAGAUCAGAUACAGGUCGUGUAGGGGCGAAAAAAUCAGAUUUGGAUCACUUCAGGCUGCAGUGUGAACGUAACCUUUGUGCAUCUUUAAAUACAUUUGUGGCAAAACAACAAAACCUACUACAAUAUGAAUUGUUUUGCUGUCUUUAAAUUACCAAAACGUGUAAUCUGUAAUCAAGUUCCCUAAAACUUUUCAUUCAGUUUUUUAUUUGUCAUUUGCCAUUGAGACUUCCAAACUUGCCAUGUCUAAUACUAACUGCCCAAAUUUAUAUUUUUACAUAUUGAAUUACUCUUUUGAUUUAUAUUAUGAUCUUGGAAUUGGAGACACUAGUCCAUCUUUCAACAUGUGUGCGUUUCCCUGUCCAGAUUGUUAAGCCACUUUGACUUGAAACGUACAAGGAGUUUUGUUACAAGCUUUUUCCAAACUCACUGUCAUCUUGUUGAGGUUUCACACACACACACACACACACACACACGCAUACACACACACAGCACACUCUUAUGUCUGUGUUGCCGGGGUAACGCGUUUUAGCCAUAGAUACUGUGCCAGCUUCACCAGAGACAAUCCUGCCCUCUACACCACAAUGUUUUAACAGCUCUAUACGGCCAGUGUGUAUGUAGUCUGUACUUUGGAACAUGUUGAAUGUGUGCGAAUUAAAGCUGCACUGUGUAACUUUUUUGGUAGAGUUUUGACAAUACAGCUUAAAACUUAUCUCUAAUAAACGACAGAUGUUUUUAGACCAGCUUGUCUCCAUGUAGAUUGAUACGUUUAGUGCCAUACUGUGCAACAUUCCAGGCAAAGCUAUAACAUCUCCAUGGAAACAAGCAGGCGGCACACCCUCCACCACAAAUGUUACACAGUGUACUUUUAAAUGACUGCUAUGUUGGGGUUUUCCUGUGGGCAUAAGCAGUGAUAGUUUGUCUCUGUAGACGAUGUAAGUUUUUGUACUGUUGUCUUAGUGACUUAUUCAGACUGUUCCAAGUCUGUUUUUAUAGCUGCGAGUGGGGAACACAGUGUAAAGU